AUGAGCACUUCAUGUCGACGUCUGGAUGAUGUGGCAUUAUGGAGUAUUCUGAAAGCUGUGGAUGCUUCCACGUUGCAGAAUUGUAGAAGAGUCAGCACGAAGUGGAAUGGCGAGAUUCUGAGAUUGAAUGACUAUACCAGCAAAUUCAAUCCAGACACCCUGAUUCUAGAACUCGCUGGUUCAAAAUUCAAAGUUUCAGUGGGGACACCGAAUGCUAAGAAUGGAUCUGCAGAAAACUUGUUGAGUUCUGAAACAGUCCGAACGAUGCUGUGUCAUGUGGCUUCUCCAAAAACACUUUUGAUUUUUCUGAGCCAUGAAACCGAUAUAGAAGGCUUCGAAGUGAUGAUGAGUGGAAUCAGAGAUAAUUGGAUCAGUAAUGUUCAAGAGCUUGAAAUCGUUUCUCAUAAUCCCAGUCUAUCUAUUUCCAAAGUCUUGCAAUACUUGAAAAAGACUCCAAACUUGACUUAUUUUUCACUUUCCCAUCAUUGCAACGAAAUUAUUUCGAUUGGAGAUAUUUUUGAAAGUCUUCGUAAUUUGAAAUAUCUGAGAAUUUUUGGAUUCAACUCAAAUGAUGGAAGUGCCUGCUCUAGUGGAUUGAUCUUUGACGAUGAGGCUGUGAAACAGCUUCUGAGAAAUCAAAACGGAUGUCGGAAAUUUCAAAAUCUGGAACUGUACAAUACAGAUAUCACAGUUUCUUUGGAAACUUUGACGGAUUUUUGGAGAAGGGUGGCACGUCUCCCACCUGAUAAUAGUGUUCCACAGAAUGAAAAUGGGCCGAAAACACCUCAAGCUGAUAAGACUGUGAACCUUCUAUUCAAUAACUGUGGUUGGAAUUCUCUAGAUGAAUUGGAUCUUCUUUCUGAUAUUAUCCGACUGGCUUCUCGAUUUGAUUUUCCAACUCAACAGCCGGAUGAUAACACUUUGAAGGGUGAUUUCCAAUUUUCCAUUUUCGAAACCAAUUUCCUUCUCAAACUCAUGUCGGGAAAUUAA